AUACAGGCGGCUACCUACAUCAGUAGAAUCUAGCCGAGUUCAAUUGACAGACGUCGCACUAGCUCCGUGUCAGUCGGUGGAAUGAUACUGCCAACACCAAGUAAAGUCGUCUGCAGGCAGUUACAAGAAAGAUGGAUAGCUCGCUUCUGUCUACAGAGAAACCUGCAGAGCCUGACGCUACCGAGGUGAAAUCCUACAAACGUCGAUGGUUGAUGCUGUUCAUCUUCUGCUUGUACUCAUUCAGCAACAGCUACCAAUGGAUCCACCUCAACAUCAUCGCCAACGUGAUGCUGCGCUACUACAACGAAUCUCUGCCCGGCGACACCUACCAGAAGGAGACGGCCGUCGACUGGUUGUCGCUGGUGUUCAUGCUCGCCUACAUUCCGCUCAUAUUCCCGGCCACGUGGCUCAUGGAUCGAAAGGGACUUAGACCCUGUAUGCUUCUGGGAAACUUCCUCAAUGUGCUCGGCGCGUGGCUCAAAUGCGCCAGUGUCAGUGAGAAUCGCUUCUGGAUGUUGAUGAUCGCUCAGACCAUCUGCGCCAUUGCCCAGCUGUGGGUCCUGGAGACGCCCCCGCGACUGGCCGCCGUCUGGUUCGGUCCUACUGAGGUGUCAACGGCAACCUCCAUAGGAGUUUUCGGAAAUCAGGUUGGUGCGGCAGCAGGAUUCCUGAUCCCGCCACAACUAGUUCCCAAUUCUCCUGACCUUGACCAGAUUGGCAGCGACUUGGCCAUCAUGUACUACAUCGGCGGCGGCGUUACCACGGUGAUAUUUAUCAUCACCAUAUUUGGUUACCAGAAUGUCCCGCAGAAACCCCCGAGUCGCGCCCAAGUGAUCGCUCUCAAACAGUGGGGCACGGAGACCUAUGUGUCUGGACUCGUCAGACUGAUGAAGAACAGGGGAUUCGUCCUCCUCUUCAUAUCAUACGGUAUCAACACUGGAUGUUACUACGCCAUAGCCACGUUACUAAACAUAGAAGUUCUCAAUUAUUUCAAGAACGCUGAGAAGGAAGCUGGUCAGAUAGGGUUGACCAUCGUCCUCGUUGGAAUCGUCGGUGCUAUUCUGGCGGGAAUCUGGCUGGACAAGACCAGAACAUUCAAGGGGACAUCUCUUGGUAUCUAUGUUCUAUCCAUGAUCGGUAUGGUGGUCUUCACGUUCACGCUCGAACUGGAUCGAAUUUGGGUCGUCUUCAUCACUGCUGGAGCUCUUGGGCUUUUCAUGACUGGAUAUCUUCCUGUUGGUUUUGAAUUUGCUGCGGAGCUAACGUUUCCCGAAAAUGAAGGAAUUUCUUCUGGAUUACUUAAUGCGUCAGCUCAGACAUUCGGCAUCAUUAUGACGCUUGGUAUGCGAGCUAUGAUGAACAAGGUGAACGUCAUGUGGGCAAACGUCGUCGUUUUCUCGGCGCUUUUCAUCGGGACUGUCAUGACAGGGAUUAUUCCAGCGGAUUACAGAAGACAAAAAGCUGAAAAAGAGGUAGUCAACGUGGAAUUGGAAGUAAAACAUCCUACAGAGGAACACAAAUCUGUGUGAUAUUGGAAUAGUUUCCACCAUUGGCCCAUGUAUUAUAGAUCCAUGCUAUCUGUAGACAUAUUGGAAUAGGUUUCAUAUUGGCUUAUGUAUUGUAGAUUAUCUUGUAAUAGGUAUUUUAUGAUAUAGGUCUACUAAUAGUUUUAAUACAUCUCAUUAUAUAUGUUAUUAGAUAUUUUAAUCCAGACGUCCCUUCUAGAUGGGCGCAGGUGCAGCUACGGUUCGUACACUCCGGCCCAUUCACUGAGACGGGCGCCAAAUACAGCAGCCUUACUUUGAACAAACCGCUCCAUAAAAAACUUCAGUACAAAAUACAAAUGCAUCCUUCUUUGAAAAGGGUAUCUUUCGUACCUCCAGACACUGAGCAUUAACAACUAACCAUUAAUCCAUUGUCCAGGACAGCCAGUCCGGGUAGCUGAGGUGCGUGCUUAGGACAGUAGCGUGCUUGAACCUUAAUUGGAUAUAAGCACCAAAACCCGUAUUUAUGAGUGAAAUGCAUGAAGAAAAACGUGACAAAGUUCAACUUAGGCAGCAAGAUCGUCGAGACGAAUUACAAGUCUGCCAAACGUUCCGUCAAGAAAGUCUUGGUAUUAGAAAACGGGUUCAGCUACACAAAUAUAGGAUGUCCCGUAGCAUUUGGUCCAAAAAGAAAAUUUUAUUUUGCGCAAGAACACACCACUAUCCUGUCUGUGGAAUGGUGCAUGUUAUAGAUCCCUUGGUACUAAUGGGAAAAUGUACCCGGUUUUUCAUAUACGACUAUAGCCUACAUCACUAUUAUCACGUUUGACAUUCAAUAGUCGAUGAUUAAUACAUCAAUGUGAUCUAGUUUUGUUACAUAAACGUUAACUUUAAUCCUUAUCCAUUCGACAAUUAAGCAUUGUAAUAACUUAGACGAGCAAUUAAAAAUUGUCAAAAUAUCA